UUUUUUUCACCAACGUUGCGUUUAUUUCGACAUUUUUAUUUUUAUUUUCCCACGUUUGUGCCACAUGUUGAACUUGAACCUCCUGUGUAGUGGUAAGACCACGUGUUCUAUCUCUCGGUUGUUAGUACUGCAUUUCAAAAAGCAAUUGAUUGGAGUGGAAAAUGCACAUUAAAAAAGUUAUUAUCGAAGGAUUUAAAACCUAUAGAAACAAAACAGUUUUGUGUCUGGAACCGGGUCUCAACGUAAUAAUUGGGAUAAAUGGAGCUGGCAAAACUAAUGCUAUGUAUGCCAUACAGUUUGUGCUGUCCCAUGAAUUUCAUCACCUUUCUCAGAGGGCAAGAGAGAAUUUGCUGCAUUGCUCAGCUGGGUUCCGUGCCACAUCUGCUUAUGUUGAAAUAAUUUUCAAUAAUGAAGAUAGACGUUUACCAGAAGAAGAAAAUGAAGUGAGUUUGAGGCGAGAAAUAACAUCAACCAAAGAUGUUUACUUCCUCAAUGGACGUAGCAUUUUGAAGCAUCAAGUUGAAAACACUUUGCAAUUUGCUGGGUUUUCUAAAGUUAACCCAUACUACAUUAUAAAGCAAGGACAAAUAAAUAGUUUAGCGAUGUUGUCGAAUGAGAAACGGUUGGCACAACUAUCAGAAAUAACAGGGGCUAGUUUAUGGAAAGAAAUUCGACCUAAAGAUGAUUCACUUCUUGAAGAUGCGGAAUAUAAAAUCACGCAACUGAAAGAAAUUAUUAAAGAAACGGAAGACAACCUCACGCGUUUAGAGGAAGAUGAACAUCAAUAUCGGAAGUGGUCAGAAACCAAUACUAAGAAACGAGCCGUCGAAGCAACUUUGGCUAGGAAAGAACAGGCCCAGCUGAUAGAAAGCAUAAAGAAUGCGAAGAGAUUAUUGAGUGAUGCGCAAACUGAAGGCCAGAAAGCGAGCGCUGAAUUGGCACAAAUAAAUGAAAAGGUGGCCGAAGCGGAGAGGCGCUCCAAAUUGAACCAGUCGGAAUUUCGUGCUGCUCAAGGGAGACUGGAAAAUCUGGCAGAGAUUGCUCAGGACCUUGCAUUGGAACAUAGCAAGCUGGAGCUAGAACUAGCUGACAAACGCGAAAGAUCAGCGAAUAAUAAUACGGAAAAGCUCAACGAAGAGUUGUUACGCAUUGAAAGAGAGAUAUCCGAGAAGAACGAGGUGCUUCUAGUAGUAUGUAAUGAUUACGAUUCAACAAUACGCGAAGAAUUCGAAAUCAAUGCCAGAUUGAUGCUGGACGAGCAGCGUCGUCAACAGCUUUUUACAAAACUUGGGCGGGAAGCCUUAUUUUCUUCCAUAGAGGAAAGAAACCAUUGGAUUAAAGACGAACAAUGUAAAUUAAAUCGGCUCAUUCUUCAAGAAGAGAAAGAACUGCGUAACAUCACCAAAGACAUGAAGGAAGAAGAAUUGAAGGCAAAAAACUUGGAAACCGUUAUAGCAGGGAUCGAGGGAGAAAAGUUGGAGGCUUUAAACUCGGUGGAAAUGCUAAAUCAGCGUAAGCAAGACUUACUACUGGAGCAAAGGAGAUUGCGAAUGUCCCGCAAUGAUUUAUGGCGGAAACAAUGCGACGUGCGUGAUCAUUGGAAACAAUCGUAUGACAAACUGGAAGGACUCAAGUGCAAACUCAGGGGUGCCAUGUAUUCGCAAACCCAAGUCUUCGAAGGUAUUGCAAUGACACUUGACAAAAUGAAACAAGAAGGACAUGGCACCCUUGCCUUUGAAAUGGCAUCUCAGUAUCGUGGCUUACUGAUCGAUCAGUUUACAUGUGCAGAUGAAGUAUGCUGUGCCAUCGACGCUGUGGGGGGGAACAGACUCUUCUACAGUAUUGUUGAUACCGAUAAAGCGGCUUCUGAGAUACUGAAAUGGAUUAACAAGGAACCCUACAAAAAUGGAUUUGGCUUGCCGGGUUCAUUUAAUUUCUAUGCUCGCAAUCGGCUUCAAAGAACUCCUCCAAUUGGCCUCAUCAGGGGUGAAGAUGAUGUGAUGCCUAUGAUGACCAUAGUGAACUGUGUCCCCGAAAUGACGCCUGUAGUGGAGCAGGUUUUCGGUCGUGUGCUUGUGUGUAGGAACUUCGAUGUUGCUUUGCGUGCCGUGAAAACGUAUGAUAUAGAUUGCGUUACGUUGGAAGGAGACACGGUUCGACGGAACGGUGUUCUUAAUGGUGGGUACCGAAGUAUUGCUAGUUCUGGAUCCAAGAUCUAUUUUGAAUUCAAACAAUCAAAGGGAGUAGAGCAAACUGAAUUGGCCUACCUACAUGAAGUGGAAAGUGCAAAUCCAAGUCGCGGAUCAAAAAUGCAUUGA